GACCAGAUCCCGUUUUGUAUAGUUGAAUGUAGCCUUCAUUACCGGUGCGUUUUCGUGUUAAACAUUGAUGAUUUAAUUUCAGGGAAUCAUGGCAGAAGCUACAGCUCCUCUAGCGGCUGUUGACCGUCAGUUUCUGGAGUACACAGGCCCUGUAGCUGGUGUCAAGUAUCCCGUGAAGGUCAAGUACUGUGGAGAGUGCAGUAUGCCGAUUGAGUAUUGUGAGUUCUACCCUAACUAUGAGAAGUGCAAGAAAUGGCUGGAAAUGCACCUUCCUGAUCAGUUUGAAAAGCUGAUGGUCCUGAGAGGUGAGGGUGAGAGCGGCGGUGAUGUGGAUGAUGGAGAGAAGAAGAAGCGGCAGACCCGAGGUGGUAAGGGCACUGUCAAGGCCAGGAAGAAGGCUGAGCCCCUCGGUAUCAAACUGGGCACAGCAAAAAGGGGCAAAAAGAAAACUGUGACCAUUGUUAUGGGUCUGGCCUCAUAUGAAAUAGACUUGAAGGAGGCGAGCAAAUUCUUCGCAAACAAGUUUGCCUGUGGAUCAACGAUCCAGGGGGAAGAUGAGAUCGUCAUACAAGGGGACGUGAAGUUUGACCUCUUUGACAUCCUUCCAGAAAAGUGGAAAAUUAUCAACGAAGAUGACAUUGAUGAUAUUGGUGAAAUCAAGAAAUGAAAUGUUUGCUACUUUUAUUAUAUACAAUUUUGACAGUAUAAUAAAAUUCCACUGUGUUCUUUA